AUGGACUACUUCAAAUCCCUCAGCUCAGCCGCUUCCUCGGUGCUUUCCUCGGCACGCUCCGGUCCCAUCGCCAACAUCACCAUCGGUCAGGAACUGCCAGAGUACCGUCAACAGACACUAUGGUCCCUCUAUUCGGCCACCAAGCGUGAUGACAGCACACCAUGUACUGUGCUCGCUUUCGACCUAUCUCACCCACACAAUGCGAGCCGAGCAAACCUGUUGCCUCUCGCCAAGAAUGCCGCAAGAAAGCUUCGAACAACACGCCAUCCCAACGUGGUCAAGCUCAUCGACAGCGUAGAGACAAAUCAGUCCGUCUACAUUGCCGUCGAGAAGGUCACCCCGCUCUACAAGGUCCUUGCACAAUCUGAAGACAAACGAGCCACCCCUCAGCGUCAAGAUUGGAUCGUCUGGGGCCUCUCUUCCAUCGUCAGUGCCCUCAAGUUCCUCAAUGUCGACGCUGCUUCCACACACGGCAACCUGCGUCCCGAGUCUAUCUUCAUCAGCGCUUCUGGCGAAUGGAAGCUCGGCGGCUUCGAGAUCUUGACACCUCAUGCCGAAGCUCCACAUGGUCUGCUCUUCAGUCAAGGCUCCUUGAUACCCGAUGGAAACCGAUACGCGCCUCCAGAGGUCAAGCGCAACGGUUGGAACGUCCUUGCCAGCAUGGACUCGACCUUGUUCGACAGCUAUGCGCUCGCUCUCGUGACCAUGGAAGCGUUCAACGGCCCCCUGCCGCCACAGACUGGAACCAGCGCGCCUCCUCGUGGUCAUGUGCCCCAAGAGCUCUACGCAGUUCUGCAACGCAUGCUGGUCCCAAACGCAAAGACGCGUACUACUGUCGCAAAGGUAUGGGAGGCAGGCGAGGCGGAAGGCGGCUUUUUCAAGGAGAACACGCUCGUCAAGGUCUCGAGAGGUCUCGACGGGUUCCUGCUUUCAACCGAAAACGAGAAAGCGUCCAUCAUUCAGCUAUUGCAGGACAAGCCCGACUCUUUCACUCCCGACUUUCUCAUGUACAAGGUCCUCCCAGCGUUGACCGCUGCUCUGGCCGCAGUACCACCCCCAGGCACCAUCCCGUCGGCGAGUGUGCAGCCCUCUGUCCUGCUGCCUCUCGUACUGCGUCUCGGUAAGCCUCUGCCACAAGACGAGUGGACUUCCACAGUCGUUCCACCGCUGCUCAAAGCUUUCGCAUCACCGGACCGGUCAACGAGAAUGGCACUGCUCGAGAAUCUCUCCCUCUAUGCCGAGCGCAUGGACAAUCGGCUCGUCUCGGACAAGCUCUGGCCCAACCUCAUCACGGGCUUCAACGACUCGGUACCCGUCAUCCGCGAAGCGACGCUCAAAGCUAUCCUUCCACUCGCACCAAAGCUCUCGGACCGCAUUCUCAACAACGACCUGCUCCGCGUGCUCGCUCGCACCCAGGUCGAUCCUGAAGCUGGCAUCCGCACCAACACCACCAUUCUCCUCGGCCGACUCGUGCCGCAUCUGUCGCUCUCGACGCGCAAAAAGGUGCUCAUCCCGGCAUUCUCAAGGAGUCUCAAGGACCAGUUCGUACAUGCCCGUGUUGCAGGGCUCAUGGCGUUGAUGGCAACCGGCGACUCGUUCGACCAUGAGGACUGUGCAAGGCACGUUCUGCCAGCUGUGGCACCUUGCAUGGUGGACAAGGAGAAGCUCGUCCGCGAUCAGGCAGAUAAGGGUAUGAAGAUGUUUCUUGAAAAGGUCGAAUCUGGACGAGUUGGGAUGCCGGACACGGUCCUGUCGUACGACCAGCUCAACGGCGCGACGUCGUUCAGCGGAGGGUUCGGUGCGGGUGACGCGACCAACGGCUCUGGGUACGCAACGGCGAUGGCGGCGUCGGCGGGCAGUGCAGCUACAGCACUGGCGGGUUGGGCCAUGUCCUCCGCCCUUUCCUCUCUGUCCAACUCCACCUCGGCACCGUCAGUACCCGAGGGCAAACCACUUUCAAGCGCUGCAGAGCUGCAGUCCUCGAUGGACGGACGUAGCACUUCGUCAACAGCAUCAGCGCCAGUUCCACCAUCAUCCGGUCUGGCCAGUCUGCGUCUCGGUUCAGGUACCGCCAGCGACAGCAUCGCGCCCAGUGCAACACCAUCAGCAAGCACAGCAGCGUCGAUGCUCGAUUACGACCUGGACGACGACGCACCGUCGACCUCCACCGCGUCCGCCUUUGCGAUCCAGCAACCAGAGGCCGACCUCAUGGAUGUCAACGAUGACAGUGCCGACUGGUCGAGCUUUGAAGUUGGGCAGCCGAAGAAGAAGAACGCGGUCGGACGGACGAAGAUGGCGAAGGCCAAGCUGGGACCAAGGAGGACCGCUGCGAACAACGCUGCUGCGGCGGCGGCGGCGGCGGCGAAAGUGGCACCACCACCAGCAACGCCACCCCUGGCAGAUCCAAAACAGGCGAUCAGCAGGAGCAGUCUCGCUGUCGCCGCUCCCGCCGAAGAGGCCUGGGGCGAAGACGGCUGGGAUGCCACCAACAGCGCCGAACCAACACCAGCAGCGGUCACCCUCUCGGCAUCCAACUCCACCACUUCGCUGCAGAACGAUCUGGCGACAUCGCAGGAGCUCACCGCACAGGCAUUCCAAGCGCCCCCACCAAGCGAUGAUGCGUGGGCGGCCUUCGACGAUGAUGAUGACAACUCCCAAAGUGGGAGCGCUAGCCCCGCCGCGGUCGUGGCAGCAGCACCCCUGUCGAAGGACCAAAAGAAGGCUGAGCUGGAGCGCAAGCGCAACGAGCGGCGGUUGAUGCUCGAGCAGUUGAAGCGCGAGAAGGAGGAGGCGCGCUUGCGUGCGCUCUGA